CGAGGUUUUGACAGCUCGAAGCUUUGGUAAGGCGGCAGAGGCGUGAAGGUCCAGGAGAGGGAGGCAAGAAGAGUACAAAAGCAAGGCAGAGAGCGUUGUAGAUAACUUCCAUUUUUUUAUCUCAUCUUCAUCAACUGAACUGCAGUUUCAUUCCUUAGGGUUCGCUCCUGUCUUGAUUGUUUUGAUUCUUUCUUUGGCUACAGCUGGGCUGCCAUUCGUUCUCUGUGUGUUUGCAUUAUACCUUCACUUAACGCUUAAGCUAUUGUGCUAUACCUAGCCCAGGUGGUUUAUACUUCAUCCUUUUAUACGACCCAAAAACAACUUCCCACAAUGCGUUUCUCAAGCUCAAUCUUCCUUUUCGGCCUCGCUGCUACCUCUCUCGCUGCUCCCGUAGCAAACGCCAAGCGAGGUGUCUUGACGAAACAAUCCUACGCCGACUUCCAAGUCUCCGAUGGUGUGGCUGGAAAUGCGCUCGCGGAAGUGAACGCUAAGUUCCCUAUCGAUACCUCGGACCUCGCAAAUGUCGACCCGGCUGAUCAACAGAUUAUCUCGGACGCACGCAAAGUGGCCGAGUCUGCCGAAACCGAUGCUUUCAACCCCGCCAUCGACGCCGCCUCAGGCGCCGACGCGACUGCGCUCCAGAAUGGAAAGAUCAAGAAUAAGGUGCUGAAAUUGCAACUUGAGGUCUUGGAUUUGCAGAUCAGUCAGGCGCAGGGUGAGGACAACGCGGCAAAGAUUGCUGAGGAGCAGACGAAGUUGAAUAACAACAUUGCUUUGGACAAGAAGGCUGCGGGCCAGGCGAGUCAGAGUGUACAGUUUGAUGGCUAGAAUUUGAAUCGAAGUUGGGAUUGGGGUUGGCACAGGGAAAUUGAGCGAGGGGAUGUGCGCGGAGACUCUGGAUUCGUGAAUCAGG